AUCUGUGAUCUGAAAUGGAAAAUAAUUAAACGUGGUGUAACGGCCGUUGGUGGUGGAAGAAGGUGAGGACCAAUGCGCACCGUGGGGAACUUCUGAAAUAUUUUCGCGCACCCUCUGGCAAUGGCCAGCAUGAGGAGCCAUGUACCUCCUCAGUCACACAGGUUGUGUGAAAUGAUCUUGGAGCCUCAGGUGGAGAAGCCAUUCACCUCCUCAGCCAUACAGGUGUCUUCACAAAUGUUGUCUGAGCCUGAGGAUGAGGAUGAAGACCCAUUUGCUUCUUCAGUCUCGCUGUAGCACCGAAUCUCCUGUUGGGGACACCCUGACGUACUAUCAGAAGACACAAGACGACUCUAUCUCCAGCUCCUCAGCUUCGCCAUCAGAGAGUAAUGCACAGGAGCUCUGCCCAGACAUGGAUAUACCAGCCACUCCAUUUGUUCCAACAGUGACUGCAAUUUCCACAACCCCGGAUUUGCUAUGGAUGGUCCAGCCGACCAUUAUAACGUCUCUCUCCCCAUCUCUGAGUAGCAAACAAACCAAUGAAGCAAAGAGCUCUCUCCAGUCAACACCCAAAGCGGGCGAGAGCAGGGGAAAAAACACUGGCAGAAAGGGGAAAACCGAGCAGUUAUCUCCAGAGGAAGAAGAGAAGAAGAGGGUGAGGAGAGAGAGAAAUAAAAUGGCUGCAGCCAAAUGUCGCAACAGACGGAGGGAACUCACUGAUUCACUGCAAACUGAGACUGAUCAGCUGGAGGAAGACAAAGCAGCUCUGCAGACAGAGAUAGCCAACCUCCUCAAAGAGAAAGAGAGGCUGGAAUUUGUCCUCGCUACUCAUAAACCUGUGUGCCAAAUUACAGAAGAAUUGGAUUCCAUCUUCCAGGAGCCCAGUAGGUCUCCAGACCUCCCCCCCAGCCCGGAGGAGGGUAAACUCCCUGAGGACAGUGCUCAGGAAGCCCCCUCGCUCCAGGACAUGGACAUCCUCAAUGACACGUCCACAGCCAUCUCUGGAAACUCCAACAUCCUACUCUGUGCCAGUAUUGAAGUGAACAUCUGCGACCUUGAGCCCUCUUUGGACAUGAAGGAGGGUCUCCUGGACAAUCUGCUGCCCAGCAUGGAGGAGGAAGUCCCCACAGAGACUGCCCACUCUGUCCCAGAUAUUGACCUGAGUGGCUCUCUUGGGGUUACGGACUGGGAAACCCUGUACAAAUCUGUGUCUAAUGACCUAGAGCCCUUGAGCACUCCUGUUGUGACCUCCACCCCCACAUGUAGCAGCUACCUGUCCGUUUUCACAUUCUCCUGUCCUGAUCUUGACUCCUUUGGAGUGGGGUUUGACGGUCGCAAAAGUGGAGGGGGCAAGGCUGAAUCUGUUGAUAUCCUCAACUCUCCAACCCUGUUGGCCUUAUAAUGUAAGCAUAGGUAGUUGAUUGGUUUAUCACUUUAGUUGGUUUUCCUGACUGUGAUAGGCUAUCAGAGACUUUCUGUGGUUUCAGCACUUCAGUUUUAUUACUACACUCAAUUAAAUGUUUUUGACUAAGCAAGUAUAAACUUCUUCCAGAUACAAUUGAUAUAGCUAAAAGCAUGGCUAUACACUUUACUGAUAGGGAUUAAGUAUGUUCUGGUUUUAAACGCAUGCAGAGGAAUUCCAAAUAAUUGUCAUAUUUCAUAUAUGUUUGGUCUGGUACUAGAUCUAUGCUGUAUUGUGGAAUUGACUGUACGGUUUUGUGCUUCAAUGGGAAUAGUAUAUCAAUAGCUAUGAAUGUUGUGUUAUAGUUCAAGUAUACAUUCAUGUUCGGUAGGCACAUACCUCAACGUCAUCAACUGUGAUUUGACCUCAUUGUUACAAUGUUUAGAGUUUUCAAUGAAAAGAUCCAGUGCUAUAUUUAUCAAGAUGUAAAUUAUGAUAAUUUAUUUUUUUACCUUCAAUUUUGACUUGUUUGUCAAGUUAAAAAAGUAAAAUGAGCAUCGAUUGCUGAUUGAUACAUUUUCAAAUUAAAUAUUCAUUCAAAGUGAUGUUGGGUGCUUUAUUGAAUACUAAAUAUUAAAUCACUCAUACCAGCUAGUGUCACUCCAUUGAGUUUGACAAUUAAUGUAUAUAUUUUUUCAGAUAAGACUAAUUAUAUGGUCACCAGAAAAUAUAUUGAACAAAACUAUAAAUGCAACAUGUAAAGUGUUGGUCCCCUGUUUCAUGAGCUGAAAUAAAAUAUCCCAGACAUUUUCCAUACGCACAAAAUGCUUUUUUUUCUAAAAUGUUGUGCACAAAUUAGUUUACAUCCCUGUUAGUAAGCAUUUCUCAUUUGCCAAGAUAUUCCAUCCACCUGGCAGGUGUGGCAUAUCAAGAAGCUGAUUAAACAGCAAGAUCAUGACACAGAUGCACCUUGUGCUGGGCACAAUAAAAUGCCACUCAUAAAUUAGCAGUUUUGUCAAACAACACAAUGCCACUGAUGUCUCACGUUUUGAGGGAGCAUGCAGGAAUGUCCACAAGAGCUGUUGCCAGAUAAUUGAAUGUUAAUUUCUCUACUAUAAGCUGCCUCCAACAUCGUUUGAGAGAAUUUGGCAGUACGUCCAACCAGCCUCACAACCGCAGACCACAUGUAACCACGCUAGCCCAGGACAUCCACAUCUGGCUUCUUCACCUGCUGGAUUGUAUGAGACCAAUACUGAGGAGUACUUCUGUCUGUAAUGAAAGCCCUUUUGUGGGGAAAAACUAAUUCUGAUUCGUUGCCCUCCCAGGCCCACCCAUGGCUGAGCCCCUGCCCAGUCAUGUGAAAUCCAUAGAUUAGGGCCUAAAUAGUUUAUUUCAAUUGACUGAUUUCAUUCUAUGAACUGUAACUCAGUAAAAUCGUUGAAAUUGUUGCAAGUUGCGUUUAUAUUUUUUUUCACUAUGGAAACAACUCGCAUUGAAUUUGAUUUGGAUGUUCCUCUUGUUAAUUAUUGUAGAAAAGUAGAUAAAAGUCUCUCUCUCCUC